CGCUGCAGUCGGUAAAUGGACGUUUGAUGUGGUGUUUGUCAAGAUUGUGCUGUUGUGUGUUUACAGUGAUUUUUAUCCCGUUACUAUAAUCCGGAUUAAAGUUAACGCUUUUAAGGAGUAGAUGAAGGUGACAGAAUGUCUCGCAACAAAGACAAGCACGAGGGCGCAAGCGGGCGCACGUAUCACAUUAUGUCGGAAGCGGAGCGGGCAUCUGGCAGGCGAGGCGGCUGGACUACGCUUGAGAUAACAGGAGGUGUGCGCGCGCUGGCGCCUCCAUUGUUUCAACUGACGCACCUCUCGGCGUUGUACCUGAACGACAACUCACUGCAGAGGAUCCCGCCCGACAUCAACCAGUUGGUCAACUUGCACACACUCGAUAUGUCCAACAACAAAUUGCGCACAUUGCCCGCUGAGCUGGGAGAUCUGAUACAACUAAGGUAAUCAAAUAAGGUCAAAAAA